AUGUCCAUUUCCAAAGAAUACUCCAAAGAACAGCUGAAUUACUUCAGAAUUUGUUAUGCAACAACUGAUAUUCUCACCGAAGGCCUGAGAGAAAUCUUUAAACAAGAAUGGGACAAACAGCACAAAUUAACAAAAGGAGAAUGGAAAGACGAGCCUCAGAAUGGAAUGGAUUUUUAUAACGGAGAGUCUGCCCGAAACCAAAGAAGAAAUGGUCAUCUUUUAACCACAAUGCAAAACGGAAACAGAGAAGAAUGGGAUUGCACAAUGCUUUUCUACGCCAUUCUUUUCUCCGAUUGUGUUGGUCCCAGUCUUAGGGCAACUGUGAGGAUGAACGUGGACCAUCUUAGAAAUUUCAGGAACGAAGAAUUUGCUCAUAUGAAACAAGGUAGUCUCUCUGACACAGAUUUUCAGAAUGCUAUUAGCAAAGUUGAGUUGGCAUUUCAAGUGCUUGGUCUACACACUGUAAAAAUUCAAGAUUUAAAAAAUCAGAAAACUUUUCCGACAGAAGAAUUACAACGGAUCCUUAAAAAGGUUGAUGACCUUAAACAAGAAGUUCAAGAAAAGGAGGAUCAACGCCAGGUCCUUGAAGAUCAGCUUCAGAAAGAAACGCCUUCGUUUUGUAUUCUCCCUCCUAAACCUUCACAUGACAUCGAUGAUCGUGAACGCGAGGUGUCAGAAAUAGCCCAGCAGUUAAGGGAGUUAAAAGAGUCCAGUGUCAACAAGCUGAGUUGUCUGUACAUCUCAGGGAAUCCUGGAAGUGGCAAAUCACAGUUAGCUGGCCUCGUAGCUAAGAGGUACUUUGACGAGAUUAAGAAAAUACCAGGCAGUUCUUCAUUUGUGAUGACCUUAAAUGCAGCUAGUCCAGAUUCACUCUUAGAGUCAUAUGUGUCAUUUGCUCGCCAUUUAAGGUGUCCAGACUAUUCAGUUAUGGAAAUCCUCAGCUCCAAGGUCUGGAAAGUAGAGGAAAAGAUCACUUAUCUUAAGACGCUUAUUGCUGUAAAAAUUAGCCGUUAUACAUCUUGGCUACUUGUUGUUGACAAUGUCAGCACCAUGUCCUCUGUGCAUGUCCAUUUACCACAGGCUGGAAUCCACACUUGGGCAAGGGGUCAGAUGCUGAUUACAACUCAAGACAUUAGGUCAAUUCCCCCAAAAGGCUCUUUUGUUAAUCACAUCUCAGCAAGCAAAGGUAUGGAGCCCGACGAUGCCUGUUCCUUAUUGGCCAAGCUAUCUGGAAUAAAAGAUAACGAGUUAUUGAGAAAAGUGGCACAAAAACUAGACUAUCAACCUCUUGCUUUAGCAGGCGCUGCCGUCUUUGUCAAAGGGAUACGAGAGGACAAAGCAUCGAAGUAUUUUGGCUGGAACGAAUACCUGAAGAUGUUAGAAAAAGGCAAAAGAGAAACUACGGAGGAUACUCUCGCAUAUACAAACCCAAUUUACCCAAAGUCAAUGACACAAGCAAUUAAGCUAGCCGUCGAAACACUGAUGAGUUCUGACGAGAUUGUGAAACACCUUUUCACUCUUCUUUCCCUCUGUGCGCCACAACAAUUAAACGUGGACGUAGCAAUUAAUUAUAUCAUUAACGUACUCAAAGACUAUCAUGAAGAGGACAAGGAACUAAUACGCAUAAAGUUAAGAAAUUGCUCACUAUUGCUUUUCGAAGAUGACCAAGGUGGCUGCUUCAUUCGUGUGCACCAAGUUGUGCAUGAUACUAUCAAAACUAUGAUCAGCCAUUGUCCAGAGAUUCAAACCCCUCAAGUCAUAAAUGCUGUUUUUACAUCAUUUGACGAAUUUAUAGACGCUGUUCCACAAUCAAAUAUCAGACUGGACACUAUACGUCUCGUUCCACAUUUAAAGGCCAUAACCAUGGUAACCGACGAAGUGUUUGUAAAAGAAAAUUUUCUUCAAGUCCACGAAAAAGACAUUUCAGAAAAAUGUGAAAAAAUGGCCCAUAUUUGUAAAAUGCAUUGUGAAUUUAAUGUGGCCAAAACAUACUUUGCCCAUUCACUCGCCAUAAAACUUGAAAAGCUCGGCCCUGACCAUGUUGAUGUUGCAACAAACUACAAUAACUUGGCUUCAAUUUACAAGCACCUAGGUGACUUCGAGCAAGCCAAGGAGUAUGAGCAACGUGCUCUGGCGAUUAGACUGGACAAGCUCGGCCCUGAACAUGUUGCUGUUGCAACAAGCUACAAUAACUUGGCUUCAAUUUACAAGCACCUAGGUGACUUCGAGAAAGCCAAGGAGUAUCAGCAACGUACUCUGGCGAUUAGACUGGACAAGCUCGGCCCUGAACAUGUUGAUGUCGCAACAAGCUACAAUAACUUGGCUGUAAUUUACAAGGACCUAGGUCACCUCGAGCAAGCCAAGGAGUAUCAGAAAUGUGCUCUGGCGAUUACACUGGAGAAGCUCGGCCCUGAACAUGUUGAUGUUGCAACAAGCUACAAUAACUUGGCUUUAAUUUACCAGCACCAAGGUGACCUCGAGCAAGCCAAGGAGUAUCAGCAACGUGCUCUAGCGAUUACACUGGACAAGCUCUGCCCUGAACAUGUUUAUGUUGCAACAAGCUACGAUAACUUGGCUUCAAUUUACCAGCACCUAGGUGACCUCGAGCAAGCCAAGGAGUAUCAGCAACGUGCUCUGGCGAUUACACUGGACAAGCUCGGCCCUGAACAUGUUGAUGUUGCAACAAGCUACAAUAACUUGGCUUUAACUUACAAGGACCUAGGUGACCUCGAGCAAGCCAAGGAGUAUCAGGAACGUGCUCUGGCGAUUACACUGGACAAGCUCGGCCCUGAACAUGUUGAUGUUGCAACAAGCUACAAUAACUUGGCUUUUAAUUACAAGGACUUAGGUGACCUCGAGAAAGCCAUGGAGUAUCAGAAGCGUGCUCUGGCGAUUAAACUGGACAAGCUCGGCCCUGAACAUGUUGAUGUUGCAACAAGCUACAAUAACUUGGCUUCAAUUUACCAGCACCUAGGUGACCUCGAGCAAGCCAAGGAGUAUCAGCAACGUGCUCUAGCGAUUACACUGGACAAGCUCGGCCCUGAACAUGUUUAUGUUGCAACAAGCUACGAUAACUUGGCUUCAAUUUACCAGCACCUAGGUGACCUCGAGCAAGCCAAGGAGUAUCAGCAACGUGCUCUAGCGAUUACACUGGACAAGCUCGGCCCUAAACAUGUUGCUGUUGCAACAAGCUACAAUAACUUGGCUUUAACUUACAAGGACCUAGGUGACCUCGAGCAAGCCAAGGAGUAUCAGGAACGUGCUCUAGCGAUUACACUGGACAAGCUCGGCCCUGAACAUGUUACUGUUGCAACAAGCUACAAUAACUUGGCUUUAACUUACAAGGACUUAGGUGACCUCGAGCAAGCCAAGGAGUAUCAGCAACGUGCUCUGGCGAUUACACUGGAUAAGCUCGGCCCUGAACAUGUUGAUGUUGCAACAAGCUACAAUAACUUGGCUUCAAUUUACAAGGACCUAGGUCACCUCGAGCAAGCCAAGGAGUAUCAGAAACGUGCUCUGGCGAUUAGACUGGACAAGCUCAGCCCUGAACAUAUUGAUGUUGCAACAAGCUACAAUAACUUGGCUGCAAUUUACAAGGACCUAGGUGACCUCGAGCAAGCCAAGGAGUAUCACCACCGUGCUGUAGCGAUUACACUGGACAAGCUCGGCCCUAAACAUGUUGAUGUUGCGAGAAGCUACAAUAACUUGGCUUCAAUUUACAAAGACCUAGGUGACCUCGAGCAAGCCAAAGAGUAUCAGCAACGUGCUCUAGCGAUUAGACUGCACAAGCUGUUCUCUAGCGAUUAGACUGGACAUGCUCGGCCCUGAACUUGUUGGUCUUGCAACAAGCUACAAU